AUGCCCCGCGCAGUAAAACAACCUACAAAACCUCGCCACGACCCCCUCCACGUCCAGCUCAACGAGGACGAGCUCCAUUCAAAAUAUGGUCGCGUCACCCAACCAGGAAAACGUAAAAAGGCCAGGCGUAAUGAUUCAGACAACGAAGAUACCUCCGAGGUUAUCUUGGAUCCGAAGACCUCCCGGCGCAUCUUCGAAUUGGCGAAAGAUCAACAGCAAGAAAUAGAAUUCCCGGAGGAUGAGGACGACGAGCCGAUACGGGAAGACCCCUCUGCUGCCCUUUCCAGGCCGAGGACACAGGCUAGCGACGACGAUGACGACGAAAACGAAGAUAUGGAUUUCGAGGGGGUCCAUGAUGUCGACUAUGAAGAAGAAUUUGAAAUAGACGCGGAUGACCUGGAGACUCUGGAUGCUAUCCAUCCACAUAACUCGACCGAAAGAAGGACGUUAGCGGACCUUAUCUUCUCGAAAUUGGACAACCCGGACAGUACACCUGUGGCUGCAAUUCAAAAAGUACAGCAAGAUCGCGAUGCCCCAGAUCCAGCGCUAGGUCUCAACCCUGCUGUGGUGGAGGCUUACGAGAAAGUGGGAGUGUUCCUGUCGAAGUACAAAUCCGGAAAACUGCCCAAACUCUUCAAAGUCAUCCCGUCACUCCCAGCAUGGGCACGGAUGUUGGCGCUGACACGGCCAGAAAACUGGACGCCCCAUGCUUGCCGUGCUGCAACCAAAAUCUUCAUUUCCAAUAUGAAACCGGCGCAAGCCCAACUCUUUUUGGGCGUCGUGCUUCUUGACGCUGUUCGGGAGGACAUCCGGGAGAAUAAAAAGCUCAACGUGCACUAUUACGAAGCGCUUAAGCGCGCACUGUACAAGCCAGCGGCUUUUUUCAAGGGACUCAUUUUCCCUCUCCUUGACCAAGGCUGCACGUUGAAGGAGGCUGCUAUUAUUGCGUCAAUACUUGCAAAAGUCAAGGUUCCGGUUCUCCAUGCGUCAGCGGCUCUUUUGCGUAUCGCUGAGAUGGAUUAUUCGGGUCCGAACUCGCUGUUCAUCCGUGUGCUCGUUGACAAGAAAUUCGACCUCCCCUACAAAGUCAUAGACGCUCUCGUUUUCCACUUCAUCCGGUUGUCGAAUACUUACAAGGCCAAGAGCCGUGGCGAUACUGAGAAACUCCCCGUUCUGUGGCACCAGAGUUUGCUCGUCUUCGCUCAAAGAUAUGCAUCUGACUUGACCCCCGAUCAAAAAGACGCCCUUCUCGAUGUUAUUCGAGCGACUCCUCAUCCACAGAUAAGCCCAGAGAUCAGGCGAGAGUUGGUUAGCUCCGUCGUUCGUGGUGCUCCUCGACCUGACGCUGAUCAAGACAUUGUAAUGUCGUGA